GCCCCGCCCCGCCUCGCCGUCUGGCCCCGCGGACCCAGCAGCGACCCACCGUCGGACCGCGGAUCUGCCUGGCUCUUGGGUGCGCCAUGUCUGGGUCCUCCAGCGUCGCCGCUAUGAAGAAGGUGGUUCAACAGCUCCGGCUGGAGGCUGGGCUCAACCGCGUGAAGGUUUCCCAGGCUGCUGCAGAUUUGAAACAGUUCUGUCUGCAGAAUGCGCAACAUGACCCCUUGCUGACUGGAGUGUCUUCAAGUACGAAUCCCUUCAGACCCCAGAAAGUCUGUUCCUUUUUGUAGUAAAACAAAUCUUUGAAAGGUUUUCUAAACCAGUUUCCAUGAACCAGUGACUAUUCAAAGCAGAGCUAAAUCUGAAGCCUGUACAAACGCCUGUCUCUGUAACACGUGCCAUACUAUACAAACUUCUACUUUUAUCAGUCCUUGACAUCUACCUCUCUGAAUUUUCAUGAAUUUCUUAUUCACAAGGUUAAUUAUUUUAUAUACACUGGCAGCAGCGUACAAUAAAAUACUUAGUAUAAAA